AUGAUAACUUAUGUUUCGUCAUUUCCCACAACUCUGGAGUCUGGACCACCUGGACUUUUGAAUCAUUUAAAUAAACGUGAAAACGUUAAUGGACCCCUUAUCUCAAAGAAAUCAGAGUUCACAUUUUUCUGGGUUGAAUCCGAAUCUGAUUUUAAAUCAACUAAAACAGUUGAUAUUAAAUCAUGUAAUGGUAAAAAGCUUGCAACAGUAAAUAAAGAUUUUGCUGAUGCCAUGAAAUUAGAAGGAACCGGUAUCACUAAGGACGAUCGAGUUUUUAAUCUUGAUGAUUGCGAUUGUGGUUCAUCAUAUUCUUGCUUCUUCCAACUCGACAAAACAAAAUUUCCAUUUGGCAUUUCUUCAAGUGGUGUACCUUUGGUUCCUUUUGUCACCGUUGCAGCCAAUGAUAUAAAGAAAGGAACAUUGAUCUAUAUUCCAAAACUUGAUGGAAUCGUGUUACCGAACGGUAAAACUCAUAACGGUUGCCUUAGAGUCGAUGAUGAAGGUUUCUCAUUUGGAAAAAAACAUAUUGAUUGGUUUGUUGCAAAGAAAUCAAAUUUCAAUGCUUUGAUAAAGAAAAACAGUUUCUCAAGCGUUGAAGUAUUUAGUGGCACUUCACCAAGUG